UUAAAUUUUAUUAUAAAGUGAAACUUUGAAGUACCCAGGGCUUACCGUUAAUUUUUGCAAUUUUUUUGUUGAAGGUGUUGCUUAUUUGCUACAUAUAAAAAAAAUUGUCUAACAUAGUUUGUAUAAACUUACAUACAUGCACGAUCGCACAAGUAAUUAUGAAUUCUUUAAGUAGGAAUUAAAACCAGCAUCCAAAAAUGGAAAAGUCGCGAAAGUAACAUCGAUAGUGGUGACAAAUUGUAACUAUCGAUAGUGCCAUCUAUAGUUUUGCAGCUUUACGGUAACACUUUUCUGUUGCAACUCUGUGGCCUUUUCCAACAACAAAAGUGUCAAUAUGAUUUGUUGUUAAAUUUUAUACUAAAAAAAUGGUUUUCCCUGCUGUUGCCCUAUUCUGCGCAUAAUUUUGAUGUAUUAGAAUAUAAAAAUUUUAGUGAAAAACGUCCUGAAAUAUCUUUUUAAAUCAUUGCGCUACUAAAAUCUUCCUGCUUAGGCUGCAUACGAACUCAAUCUAAACAAUUCUUGAAAAUUAAAAAACCUGUCGGAUAAAACAAGUUGACACGCAAUACAACCACAUCGUAAUCUAUGCGCUGUCGAGUGGGCAUAAUUGUAAAUGGGCUUAAAGUUACUGACGUGUCGCUGCGAUUUAUAUUAUAAAAUAUAGCAAUUAAACAUGACUGUGCGUCGUCGGCAGGACACAAACCUGUCUCCAACAGAUGUUACUGACAAGCAAAGUCUACUUAUCGAAUCACCACCUUCAGAUAGCCCUCUGAAUGCAAAUGGAAAUGAAGAAAUUCACGAAAAAACCGAUAUACGCGGCGAUCGCGGUAAUAUCGCCAUACUUUUCUUCCUGUACAUCAUGCAAGGUAUACCAUUGGGCCUCAUUGCCGCCGUGCCCAUGUUGUUGCAGAACCGAGGAGCUAGCUAUAAACAGCAAGCCGAAUUCUCUUUCGCAUAUUGGCCAUUUAGUAUGAAGCUACUAUGGGCACCAAUUGUCGACUCCAUCUACGUGCGUCGAUUUGGCAGGCGAAAAUCAUGGCUUGUUCCAUCUCAAUACCUUAUUGGCAUUUUUAUGCUAUUCUUGUCGUGGCAAGUGGAUCGUUGGUUAGGUGGCGAUGGUAUUGAACCGAAUGUGCCCUUACUAACGACGUUAUUUUUCUUAUUAAACUUCCUGGCAGCCACACAAGAUAUUGCGGUGGAUGGCUGGGCGCUGACCAUGCUAAAGCGCUGCAAUGUUGGAUAUGCAUCGACUUGCAAUAGCGUCGGUCAAACCGCUGGUUACUUUCUUGGCUAUGUGGUAUUUAUAGCGCUGGAAUCGAAAGACUUUUGCAACACUUACCUACGCACAGAGCCACUUGAUAAGGGACUUGUUACUUUGCCAGAAUUUUUAUGGUUUUGGGGCAUCUGCUUUAUGGUGGUCACCACCUUAGUGGCAAUUUUCAAAAAGGAAAAUGAUGUGCAAGAUGCACACACUGCUGCGCGUUACACCGAUGAACAUGAGCUAAACUUACGUGAGAGCUACAAAAUACUGUUCGACAUGGUACGCAUGCGUCCAAUACAAAUCUUAGCUGGAAUAUUGUUGACCGUUAAAGUGACUUUUGCUGCUUGUGAUGCAGUUACUUCAUUAAAAUUAAUCGACGCUGGUGUACCAAAAGAGAAGUUGGCCCUACUAGUAAUACCCAUUAUACCCUUGCAGAUAGUAUUGCCGCUGGUAGUGAGCCGCUAUACACAUGGGCCACGUCCGAUGGAGGUUUUUUUGAAAGCCAUACCCUAUCGAAUUGUGUUUAGCACAGUAGCAGCAAUCAUCACCUAUUGCACGCCAUACAUGAUCACGGAUGGUCAUGUACCUAUCUAUUAUUAUGUUAUUCUCAUUGUGAAUUAUGCGCUGUAUCAGGUGUGUCUGUAUUGCAUGUUUGUAGCGGUAAUGGCAUUUUUUGCCAAAAUUUCUGAUCCUGCCGUUGGUGGCACGUACAUGACAUUCCUGAACACACUAUCGAAUCUAGGCGGAAAUUGGCCGAAUACCGUUGUACUGUGGUUGGUAGAUGUGUUGACAUGGCAAGAGUGUAAACAUGUUGAUCCAGUAGUGGCGGCGAAGAAUAGCUGCCUGACGAAAGCGCAAAAAGCGGAAUGUGAGGCUGCAGGUGGCGAAUGUCAAAUCGUCUUCGACGGAUACUAUAUUGAAUCAAUAAUAUGCAUAUUAUAUGGAAUUAUAUGGCUGCUGUGCAUGCGACGUUGGAUAAAUUACUUACAAAAUUUACAAUUGCGUAGUUGGUUAGUUGUUAAAAAAGGGAAGGGAGUAAACAGUGCUAAAAAGGCGAGAUAGCAAUUCAUUGUAUGACAUGAGGAGGAUGACGCUCAACGACAUUUGCUAGACGCCGAUGAGGCUGAGGCGGCUGAAUUCGAUAGAAAAACUAAAACAGAGCUUGAGGUUGAUAAUUCGAUGAUUUGAGAAAAAAUCGCCAGAAAUACCUUUGUUUAGUACGGGAUUAGCUUAGAAAAUAAUAAUUUAAUGUAUUUAAAUUCCAAAUGAUAUGCUUUUAAAUGUAUGUAUGUAUGAUUGUAGUGCAAUUACAAAUGUUUAGUAUUUAGUGUUUUACCAAUUAUUAUCCGAUGCAUUUCGCUGGCUUUCAAAAUUGUAUUUGCAUCCACGGCUCAAACUUUGUAAUAUAUAGCUUACAUAAAGUACAAUACCGCGUAUCGUCAUUCUGCAAAUCCGCGUAACUAACAUUUUUCUGUCAAAAAUUGGACUUGUUCACAAAAGCUCUUGGCUAAAUCCUUAUCUAUUCGUCCUGAAAUAUGCUAGCCAGAAAUGCAAUUGCUCUAUAUAAAAAGAGAACCAUUUUGAAAUAUGAGAGAUUUUACUCUCUAGCAAAUAAUUUAUGAAACCUCACAUACGCGGUUUUGCAUUAUCUUUAUACGCGGUUUUGAAUUUUGUUGAUACGCGGUUUUGUACUUUAUACAACGAUAUGUAUGUACAUAAGCAUUUUGUAGGUAUGCAAUUGUAAUAAAAUUUUUGAAUAUGUCAAUGUAAGGUAUAUAUUUGCUGUUAUUAAAUGAUCUAAAUAAUAAAA